AUGUCGGGCUACUAUGCUGGACCCUUCGGUCGUAUGUUUCCCGUAGAUGGUCUAUCGUCGGUGCAGCCCCCGGAGCAUCCCGCUAACCAAUCAGAAUCCGGGGAGAACCCAUACCAGCUUCCGCCGCCGCGCACUCCGGCCAACUUGCAGUUUGGAUCAGACCCUUUUCUACGACGUCAACGAGGCGAAAAUCCAGAGUCGAGAAGCGGCCAAGCGUCAGCCGAACCUCCUAUUCAACGGCAAGGGGCUGAACAGCUCCCAUCUGUCCGGUCGUUACUGACGCCGGUCACCGGCCCAAGCUCACCACCUUCCUACCACCCACAGGGGUAUGGAACUCCGACUCCCAUUGAGCAUCGCGAACUAUCAUAUCCCUUUCGCCACCAUGAAGCGAGUCUUCCUCCCCCGGUUGCCGGGCAGGAUAGACAUCGCUCGGAAUCUCGGCCACAGUCACAACCUGCCAGUCUCCCGCCGUUAUCGCACGUGGGCAUGCCUAGCCCUAGAGAGGUGAAUCGACCUCACGCAGCAACACGAAGUGACCCUUCAACAGCAACCUUGCAACAUAGCCCAUUGCCUUAUCACGGCGCUUCAUGCCAUGAGCCAUCUCUUAGCGGAGAAGUGUCAUCACCGGAGAUUCCAAGCAGGUUAAAUCCACCGGCACUCCUGCCACACGUGGUGGAUGAACGAUACAUCGAUGGCGAGCUCUGCUUUGUCUACGCAGAUGGAUCACAUCAGCCCAAAAUCGUCGACGGCAAACCGGUCAAUCCAAAUUGGGGCGUCACGAAGGCCGGAAAGCCGCGAAAGCGGCUCGCACAGGCGUGCCUGACCUGCCGAGAGAAGAAGAUCAAAUGUCAACCGAACCGUCCCAAGUGCGACCAGUGCCAAAAGUCUGGGCGGGGAUGCAGGUUUGAAAAUGCGCUUCGUGGGAAUCGCUCAAGAGGGUCACACUCCGUUGGGCCAUCUAGCACUGCCACCUCGGACGUCUCGUCCUCGAUCUAUAACAUCGCUCGCGCGUCAGAUAGUGGGACUUCGCUGCCAGGGACUGGCGGUCAUUCACCGGUGUCAGAAGGUUCUAUGCUUACACACUCAGGUAUUGAGAGCGUCCAUAAUCCCGUGGCGGAUGCGGAUAGGGCACAUAGGCAGCGAACGUACCAAAUCUCCCACCCUUUCUCCGAUGAGUCCCCUGCUCGGCCGGUCGAGCAUGACACGGCCAACCGACUACCCCGGUACUCAGAAAUUUUGGGGGAACUCAGAGAUAUCAAUCCCGACGAUCCUCUGGUGGGCUCUUGGAAAAUCGACCCGUUCGAUAACGAUCCGGAAAUGACUCUACAUUACGUCGAAACUUACUUCUCAAACGUGAAUGACGGGAUAUACCAUAUUUUCCCCCGUGCUCGGUUCGUUUUGUGGCUGAAGUCCUGCGAGACAAAGUCCCCCGAGGAUAAGAUGCUUCUCUACUCGAUGAUGGCGCUGGGCUCCCUCUUCUCGGACCGGCCCGACAGAGUUACUGCACUGCGGCGUUACUCUCGCAUUGCACGCUUUGCCAUUCAAAAAAGCCAGCAUAGCCUGUCUCUGCAGCUUGCCCAGAGCCAUCUUAUUAUGAGUCUGCUGUAUUAUGCCGCUGGCUCUUUGGUGGGAUCUUGGGAUUCGAUUGGGGCUGCUGGACGGGCUGUCAGUGGACUGCGGUUCAACAUAGAGUCUGGCGGUGUUAUUGUGGAUCAGAAUCAAGCUUGCGACUACGGACUCCAUCCACAGGCGCUGAUCGAGUGCCGUCGUCGGACAUUUUGGGUCGCCUUUAUUCUGGAUCGAGUUUCGUUUUUCUUCUCUGCAACAUCAACAUCCAUCUCUUCGGAAUCGGCAUUGAUUCGACUCCCAUGCCGAGAAGAAAUAUAUGAGGCACAGCAAUAUGCAACAGCACCUUACUUCCAGACCGUUCUCAACCAAGCCCCAAUCUCAGCCGAAGACGACCGGUCCGCCCUGAGCCCAAUAGCUUUUUUGAUCCAGAUUCUGUCGAUCUGGGGCGACGUUUCUUUCCAGGCCUUCCGCCUGUCACACACACCGUCCGACGGAUGGUCACCGCUUGCUGAAGGAUUCCACUCUACCAUCAUCCGCCGGACAGACGAGUGGAUGAACAGACUUCCCGAACAUCUUGCCUUCUCCGUUACCAAUAUGGAGCGUGCUAGCCAAGCGAAGAACGUGGAUGCUCUGGUUUCGAUCCACAUGUUCUACCAUGCCACUUUGAUGAAGCUGUAUCGACACGUACGAUACCACAGUCUGCGGUCGGAGGCGUUGGUUCAGUAUAUCCACCGCGCACGAUACCACGCAGUUGAAAUUCUCAGGAUCGCACUUGCCGUCGUGCAGUUCUCCCACCAGAUCCAGUCUACUCGAUUCCCAGCGGACGCAUCUGCACCUAAUGAGCCGAUUUUGAGCCCAUUCCUGGGCUACGUGGUCCUAUCUGCCGUGGACGUACUCAGUGCAGGAGGGAUGGUGACGGAAUUGCCAGACUGUAUUGCUUUCAUCAAUGGCGCGCUUGGCAUGAUCCAACUCCUUGGCUACCACUGGGAUAGCUCUCUGAGCCUGGCAAAUAUCAUCAAGAGGCGUCUUGACUCCAUGGUCGACUGCCUGAAUGACCGAUCCCGCCCCCAGGAUAAACUCGGCUUUGCCGUUGACGGUCCUUCUCUUGCGACGAAGGUGCCUGCCGGUACCCCCGCUCAACCGCCAGGCGCGCUCGAAGAAGACCUCUUCUACGGCUCUAUGCAACGGGAGAUUCUCCUGCGCGCCAUGUGGGCCGACGAUACCCCCUUCUCGGACAGUAAUAUCGCCUGGUUGAAAGAUCACUGA